UGAGGUAAGAAAAUUUACACGCAGUUUAAUCGGAUGCUGUAGCGAAAGGCGCGUGCUGCUUAAUCAAGUCACAGCUGAAAAAGGCCCGGUGCUGCUGGAAGAGCUCCAUCAUUCCCAUUUGGGUUUUAUUCAGACUUUCAGAAGUGCGCAGUUUGACAAACCGCUGCUCAUCAUGGCUGUCGACGGAUGUGGACUCGUGUGCAAAUAUAUUCUCAUCCUUUUCAACAUUAUCUUCGCCGUGGUUGGGUUGGCGUUUUUGGGCCUCGGCUUGUGGCUCAGAUUCGGCGAGAACACCAGAGGGAUCUUUGGUAUCGACGCGCUCAACUCCAGCGCUUUCGUCAUAGGUGUGACCGUACUGAUCAUUCUUGGUUCAAUCAUGCUGAUUGUGGUGGCGUUUGGAGACUACGGCGCCUGCAAUGAGAAAAAAUGUGCCCUGCAAGUGUUCGCCAUCCUGCUCUUAUUUCUGGCUGUGGCUGAGUUUGUCAUCGGAGGACUUGCCUAUUCCAACAGCAACAUGGUUGGACUGAGACUAGGAGAGUUUUAUACCACUUUAUACAGCCUCUAUGUGAGCAGCCAAGAUCCAGCAAUUGGUGUCACACUCGCAUUCAUCCACAACUCGCUGCACUGCUGUGGAAUGACUGGAGUCCCGCUAGUUGAGCUAGUGAAGCAGACCUGUCCUAAACCAAACGGCGUUCUGGAGCACCUCGUCAUGCCUAACUGUCCCACUACCAUCGUCACAGUCUUCGACAGCCGGGCACCGCUGGUGAUGGGCAUCUUCAUCGGAAUUGGAGCUCUUCUGAUCACUGCCCUGGUCUGCGCCAUUGUCCUCCUGAAACAGCUCAAGAAAGUGCAUCAGGACAUCACCGCUUACUAUUCGUCUGUGUACUAAGUCGACCAUCGCUGGAAAGUCAGCCAGCAGAUCAGUGUUUACAGCCUUUUCCAAUGUGUGUAUGUACGUGUGUGAACUACUGACUGCAGUUCCAGUUGGGAGGCUGCUGAAAAUGUUGUCGUAUGCCACUAGAUGAACCAACUUAUUAAAAAAAAGGUACACCAGACCAGUAGACACCUGAGCGAAACUGAAUCCAACAACGCCAAACACAACUCGACGAUUUAUCUGCAAACGUUAGUAGCCAAACCACACUGAGCCUUUUUUAACAAACAGAACCGCAUGCAGCCUCGACACGCGUUAGCUCUUUUCUUUUCUGUGAUUACAACUUUUUCUGUGUUUUAGUGAGCUUGCUUUAGCUCGUUUGUUGUUGCAACACUGGUGAACAUCACUGUCGGCAAUGUAAACAGGAGAAAAAAGGGAUGAUAAACUUUUAGAAGCUUUGAUUGUAUUCAGGUCCGAUUAUACAUUUGAAACCUUUAAGCUUACCGUUUGUUUCUUUUCGUGUCCGAUCACGCGUCCCUCAUGGGGAAUGCUCGAAAUUUUAUUGGAUUUGUUCACUUUUUUAACAUUUUUAUAUAUAUUUACAGAUUUUAAGAUAAACAAAAACUUUUUUUUGCUGUUGCUAACUACUCUUCAUUUUGUUCUUGUUGAUAUUUUAAGAGCCACAGCAAUGGCCAGGAAGUUGAGUACCAAAUAAUAAUAAAAAACUUUACAACAUUUAAAUGGUGUCUUUUAAAGCUGUAAUUUAAAACUGUUGCCUUGGUAUAAAUUACUAUAUUGGGAAAAAAAGAGAGAGAUAAUUUAAGUAAUAUGUUUAAAAGCUGAAUGCCUUAUUUUUCUUCUCACUAUACCAUGUAGUCCUGACUACUGCAUUGUAUUAUGUUAGAGCUAAAUAUUCUCUUAAAAGUUGUGGCUUUGCAUGUUUCCAUAAAAAUAACAGAAAAAAUA